AUGAAGAAGGAGAUCAUUGAGAAGUACGAUGAGGCCACGGCCAAUGAGAUCAUAGCAUCCAAAAUGGCCGACCCAGUUCUGAAGAAAACAUGUGUUCGGGACCAUGAGGAUUUACCCGAUAGGGAGGAUCUGAGGGUGUACUUGUGCUGGGAUAGCAGCUACGAAACAGAUGUUGAGGAUACUGUCAUUGAACAGCUCUUCAAGGCUUCAGACAAGGACGACCGCUGCAAAGACAAAACAAGCAAGAAACGAAAGCGAUCAACUUCAAGUUCCACUUCGGAUUCCAGCGCGGAGGACACAUCGGAUGAGGGAAGCAGUGACAGCAGCUCCAGUUCUGACAAGAAAAAGAAAAAGAAAAACAAAAAACGUGCAAGCAAGAAGAACAAGAAAUCAAAGAAAAAGGGCAAAAAGGACAAGAAGUCCAAGAAGGACAAGGAAAAGGAAGAAGAAAAGGCGAAGCAGAAGGCUGAGAAAGAAGCUGAGAAAGAAGCGCAAAAGGCUAUCCAGAAAGAAGUAAAGAAAAAGGAACUUGUCAAAUUGAAUGCUGCCAUCACGGAUGUCAAUCGCAUCGAUGCAAAGAUCCAGAAAAUGGCUCCUGGAUUCCAAGCUGCUAUGAAAGAAGAGCUGAAGAAGUACAAGUCUCCGCUAAAUACGCAUCGUGAGAAGUUGCAACAGCUCGUGGAUGCUGAAGUGGCUGAUGACAUCGAUUCAGCUGUGAAGAAAGCUUCGGAUAUUCGUGCAAAGUUCCAGAAAGCCAAAGACGCUGGCACUUUCUAA